AAAAUCAAUACUCGCGAGUAAAACGCCGACGGCGACCAUUAGCGCAUUAUACAUUCGUACCACCUGGACGUUGCAACGCUUCGCUUCGAAACUUUCGAACUUUCAGAGAAAUCCAAUUAAAUAUCCUAUCGUCAGGCGGCUGGACCGCGAUGAAGACCAUUUCCAAAAACAGCCGGGCGUACGUGAUCGCGAAUCUUUCAACGAAUCACGAGGGAAACGUGACGUUGGCCAACGAGAUGAUCCAGAAAGCAUGCGAAUGUGGUGCCGAUUAUGUAUUAAUGGAACUUGAUGAAAGUAAUAAUCCAUAUUCAAGGGAAGUUAUCGAUAACUUUCAUAAAUUGGCUCAAGAUAAUGGAGCAGUUUUCACAACCAAAUCAUUUGUGAAUUCAAUUCGACAAAUUUCUCCUAUACAACAUUUUAAGGAUAUGAAUGAAGAUGAAGAAACCAGUUCAACAAAUCAACAAGUUAUUUUUCCGGAUUUAGAAAAGAAUAUAGAUAAUGGUCAUAAAACAUAUGAAAUGGUUGAUUUAGUGCAAAAAAUCCAACAGAAAUUUCCUAAGCAUGAACUUCAGUUUUGGGAAUUUCAAGAAACAAGCACUUGUCUUCCUGAAGUUGUUGUUGCCAUCGGCAUAAAAGCGAUAUCAUGCAAGUUUACGUUGGAUGAUAAAUGUAUUGGUUAUGAUCACGAAAUGUCUAUUCACGCUAGAGAUUUCCGAACCAUGGUGACCAAUAUUAGAACUAUUGAAGUUGCACUAGGAACGGGGAAAAAAGAUAAAAUUUCCCCCUCCGAACUGCCAUGUUUUAAAAAGUUAUUCAAAAGUGUUGUAGCCGCGAAAAAUUUAGAGCGUGGAUCCAUAAUAAAAGCAGAAGAUAUAAAAAUCAAAGUUAGUGAUACACAGAGCAUGUGCGGGUUUUAUUUUCCGAUUAUAAUUGGUCGUCAGUUGUUAUCGGAAGUUGAUGAAGACGAUCCAAUUUUUGUAUCUGAUUUUGACGGAUUGAAACAUUAUACUCACUACAUGCCAUACGAUGAUCCAGUAUCAGAAUUCAUAGAUCAUGUAGCCAAAAUUGAACUUUGCCGAAGCAUAAAUUUUAAAAGUCCAUGUUAUAUUAUAGCUGAAAUUGGACAAAAUCAUCAAGGUGAUAUAAUGAUGGCCAAAAAAUUAAUUAAAUUAGCUAAAAAAUGUGGUGCAGACUGCGUAAAAUUUCAAAAGAGUUGUGUCAAUGAAAAAUUUACGACGUUGGCUUUAAAUAGACCGUAUAAUAGUAAAAACUCUUUUGGUUCGACUUAUGGUGAACAUAAAAAAUAUUUAGAAUUCACCGAAGAUCAGUACAAAGAAUUGCGAAAAUAUGCUGUAAAAAAAGUUGGAAUCAGUUUUACCGCUUCAGCAAUGGACCCGGUUUCAUUCGAUUUUAUUGUCAGUCUCAAAGUGCCGUUCGUGAAAAUAGGUUCGGGCGAAGCCGGUAACUUGUUGCUACUGGAAAAGGCCGCUAAGACCUACGUGCCUCUGGUCAUAUCCACUGGCAUGCAUACGCUGGCCGACAUACGGAUAGUGGUCGAGACGGUUAGUCGGUAUCACAAUGACUUUGCAUUAUUGCACUGUGUGUCUGCGUAUCCGACGCCACCGGAAGAAGCCAAUUUGAACAUGAUUAAGACACUCCGCAAGACUUUUCCGAACACGAUUAUUGGCUAUUCCGGCCACGAGGUUGGCUCUUGUAUAACCGCUGCGUCGAUAACACUCGGUGCUAAAAUUAUUGAAAGACAUAUCACUUUGGACAGAAAUAUGAAAGGAUCGGAUCAUAUUUGCUCGUUAGACCCUUCACAGUUCAGCAAACUCGUUAGAGACAUUCGUUAUAUCGAAAGCAUUACUGACAAAUCUACUCCAAGAAAACAUUAUAUAAAUGAUUGUUUUGAAGAAACUUUAACAAAAAUAAAAAAAAAUGUUUGAAGACAGAAAAAAAUUUAACACCUGACGAUUCAACUUAUUUUAAAUACACACCUAUCACAUCGGCAGAUGUUUAGCGAAGAUUUUCUAAAUUUAAACAUUGUUUGAUAGGUAGACGACAGUUUAUGCACUUCAAAAAUAUCUCAAAAACAUUGAUUAUUCACUGUAGGUAGUGCACAUUUAAAUUCAAACAAAAAUAAAAGAAGACACG